AUGGUCCUGAGCAGAACAAGGAGCAGUCAACAUCAGAUGGACACUGCAGGCUACUUCUUGUUGCACUAAAGGAUUUAACAGAAAAUGAAGCAUACUUUAUGGUUUUUGCUGGCUGGACUGUGUACUGUUGCCCAUUGUUAUCGGCACCCAUAUCACCACGACAAGCAGGAUGAUCCAAAAAGGACAUAUUACCCAGGACAUAGUUUUUGUAGUGAAGGAGUUUAUCCAGAGAAAAAUAAGACCCUUCUCAAUCUAGCUCCCAGCAAUGCUGAUUUUGCAUUUGCAUUUUACAAAUUGGUCACAUCUGAGGCAAAUAAUCAAAAUAUUUUCUUUUCACCCAUAAGUAUCUCUACUUCCUUUGCAAUGCUGGCACUUGGUGCCAAAGCAGCAACUCUGAGGCAGGUUCUGGAAGGACUUGCCUUUAACUUGAAAAAGACUGAAGAGCAGGAAAUACAUGAAGGUUUUUGUCAACUCCUCCACAUGCUGAACUGUUCAGAGAGUGAUCUCCAGCUGAGCCUGGGUAGUGCCCUUUUUAUAGAAGAGAUGCAAAAACCACUGCAGAAGUUCUUGAAUGAUGUCACACGCUUCUAUGAAUCCAAAGUCUUUUCUAUUGACUUUAAUAACUCUUCUGGUGCUGUGAAUCAGAUCAACAAUUAUAUUAAGGAAAAAACAAAUGGGAAAAUUGUUAAGUUAGUGGAAGAUCUUGAUCCUCUCACUGCAAUGGUUCUUGUUAACUAUGUCUUCUUCAAAGCCCACUGGGAAAAACCCUUCAGUACUUUAAAUACAGAACAAGAGAAUUUUUAUGUGGAUAAGAAUACAUCUGUGAAAGUUGACAUGAUGUAUCGGAAGGGUUACUACAGGAAUUACUAUGAUGAAGAGCUGUCCUGUUGGUUAGUAGAGAUACCUUACAAUGGAAAUGCUGCAGCAUUAUUUGUCUUGCCCAGCGAAGGGAAGAUGAAAAAGGUGGAAGAUGCUCUCUCAAAAAGAACUGUGUCUCGAUGGGAAAAAAUCCUCCGCAACAGAAAAAUACAUCUGCACAUUCCUAGAUUUUCUAUUUCUGGUACCUAUGAUGUGAAAAAGAUAGUCAAACAAGUGGGUAUGAUUGAUCUAUUCACUCAAGAAGCUGAUCUAUCUGGAAUUACUGGGAAGCCUGAACUGAUGGUUUCAAAAGUGAUCCACAAAGCCAUGUUAAAUGUUCAUGAGAAUGGCACUGAAGCAACAGCAGUCACCGUGAUGGAAAUUGUGUGGAGAUCUGGUGAAAUUCCUGCUCCACGUCGAGUCAAAUUCAACAGGCCCUUUCUCUUGAUGAUUCUGGAUAAAUCCACCCGCACCAUACUCUUUAUGGGGAAAAUCAUAAACCCUCUGAACUGAUGGGCCAGAGGACAUGCAUAUUAACAGUGCAUAUUAACAGUACUGACUCAGUUCCUGCAAUCCAGCAAAACAUUGACACCUACACAGCACUACUUACUAAUGCAUUUCUUUCAACUAUUACCACUACAUAUAUUUCUAACCCUUAAAGACACAAAUACUCUUUUUCCUUGCCCCAAAGUUGCUGCUGUUUCCUCCCUGUCUACAGUUGUGAAUAUCUUGUAAUGUUAAGAAAAACAUGUAAUUUAUCUUGUUUUGUAAAAACCCUUUCUGCCACAUUCCAGUGGGAUAUUUGAGGUGAUUGAAGGUUCUGGGAUGGUCUGCUGGAUGCAAGAUAUUCACUGCAUACAGGAAUAGCAGGGAAAGGAUAUUAAUCUGCUGACUUCUGACAACUCAUCUGAAAUGCGGAUUCCCUUAAUACUGGAGUGUAUUCCCAACCUUUUCUUGUUUUUUCUUGUCAAGUGUAGUGUGAAAGUUCAUUACUUGGGACUUUAUAGAACACCCUAAGAAUUCUUAUCAGUACAGCUCUUCUAGCUUGCCUCUCUCUGUCCGAAGUUGUGGUUUUUU